UAAUAAGUCAAUGGACAUCCCUCAAAAGCACCUUCCUUUUUUUUCCUAUUCUUUCUCAUCAUCUUUCUUAUUAUGAACUAAAAUAAAUGUUCAGACAAAGGAGCCAUUUCUACCAUUUAUAAUUUUAUAUUACACAACUAUAUGUGUGUUUGUGUGUGUGUGUAGCCGUGGGGAUUUAUAUAUACAUAUAACAUAUAUUGACAACCUCUACUACUGUCAUUUAGCCUGCAAAGCCCACAAACAAAGGGCUACACAAGUCUUCCUUCUCUCUCUCCCUCUUCCUCUCUUUAGAUGGAAUAAUGGAUCAAUGCUUGUAAAGGUUUGAAAUUUGAUCAAGUUUUGAAGAAGCAAAUUGAAAAAGAAAAGAAAAGAGAAGACAUGGAGGUGGAGAAGAGGAUUGUAGUGAAUGGAGGAAUGAAAUUGCCAAUAGGAUACAGAUUUCACCCAACCGAGCAAGAGCUUAUCCUUCAUUACUUGCUCCCAAAGGCCUUUGCUUCUCCUUUGCCUUCCUCCAUCAUCCCUGUCUUUGACCUCUUCUUCUCUCAUCCUCUUAGUUUCCCAGGUCUCUUUCUCUCUCUCUCUCUCUCUCUAUGUUCCUUCUGUCAAAGCCUCUAUGUGUGUAUAUGUCUCCUCGUUUUCCUCAACUGUUUUUUGUUCAAAAUGGUCUAUCUUAUGUUUGGGUCUAGAUCCGGGGUGUCUGAUGCUAAAACUGAAGAAGUUUUGCUUUCAGGGGACCAAAAGGAGAAGCAGAGGUACUUCUUUUGCAAGAAGAGAGAAGUGUCAAGUAAUGAGCAUAGAAUCAAGAUUUCCUCUGGUGAUGGUUAUUGGAAACCUAUUGGUAAAGAGAGACCAAUCAUUGCCUGUGGUAAAACAUUUGGGAUUAGAAGAACACUUGCUUUCUAUGAAACAAACAAGUCUUCUUCUUAUUGCAACAAAACUAGAUGGAGCAUGACAGAGUAUUGUCUUGCGGGAUUUGCGUCGGCUAAGGUGUCUGGAGAAUGGGCAGUGUACAAUGUUUAUGAGAGGAAAGGCUCAAAAGGAAGAAAACAGAGGAAAUCAAGAGAGGGAGAUGAUGAAGAAUUGAGAUGCAUCGACCAUUUUACGGUUGGGUCAAAUCAUGAAACCGGUCCACCACCGCCUUCUCCUCCUACCUCAGCUGAUGAGUAAUAUAUAUAUCUCAUAGGAGACGUUGAGAUUGUGACAAGCUCCUAAACCCUAACCUACUAUUCCACUUACGUUUCUGUCAAGCUAUUUAAAAAAUUUCAACGUCUUGAUUUAUUUGUUAGCGAAGUAAGUAAAGUAACAUGGUUCUAGGGGAGCUCAUUUUGAUCUGAAACUGUUGAAUUGUAUGAGUUGAGAUUUGCACUUUUGUUGGGCAAAACCAAAUAUAUGUCAAACUUGUUGAUUAUUUUUACUUGAAGGUAUUUUAAAUUAACAUUAUCAUGCAAGUAAAGUGAUAUAUAGCUGAGGAAUACGAAGUAAAGUUGAAUUGAAAGGAGGUAUCUAUCUUUCUCAUGGAUGAGAACUUGAUUCCUUUUCUUUUCAUACCACAUAAG